AUGGUUAUGGCAACAGCCGCGAUCGAGCACUUUGCACCAGCUACUAUCAAUUAUGCUAGUACCUACCAACCAGUCUUGAAGACGUCGCAUUUUGUCGACCACGCCCACCACCACUCCAAACAUGGCGUGACCAACCCCAAGCAGUUGAUUGGCGAUGCUCUCCGUCAGCGUGUCGAGAGCAUUGACCAUGAGAUUUGUGAACCAGGCGACGAGGACACCUUCUUCGUCGGUGAUCUCGGCGAGGUCUACCGCCAGCACAUGCGCUGGAAGCUCAACCUGCCGCGCGUCAAGCCCUUUUAUGCCGUCAAAUGCAACCCCGACCCCAAGGUUCUGCAACUCCUUGCUGCCCUCGGCACCGGCUUCGACUGCGCCUCCAAAACGGAGAUUGAUCAGGUUCUGAACAUGGGCACCGCCCCCGAGCGCAUCAUCUACGCCCAGCCCUGCAAGACCAACUCAUACGUGCGUUACGUCAAGGCCAUGGGCGUCAAGCAGAUGACGUUCGACAACGCCGACGAGCUGCGCAAGAUCGCCAAGCUCUUUCCCGAGGCCGAGCUGUACCUGCGCAUCAUGACGGACGACGAGUCGAGCUUGUGCCGCCUGAGCAUGAAGUUCGGCGCUGCCAAGGAGGCCACCAACGAUCUGCUCGGCGUCGCCAAGGACCUCGGCCUUAAUGUUGUUGGCGUCAGCUUCCACGUCGGCUCCGGCGCCUCUGACCCCAUGGCUUUCUACAAGGCCGUCUACGACGCCUACGAAGUCUUCGAGCAGGGACGGGCUUACGGUUUUGAGAUGAAGACGCUCGAUAUUGGCGGCGGUUUCUGCGGCGACACCUUUGAGGACAUGGCCGCCGUGCUGCGCGGUGCCCUUGACGAGUACUUCCCCGCCAGCAGCAACGUCAACAUCAUUGCGGAGCCCGGCCGUUACUACGUCUCGGCAGCCUUCACCAUCGCCUGCAACAUCAUCGCGCGCCGCACCGUUGACGACCCCACGCUCAACGAGAAGCGCUACAUGGUAUACGUCAACGACGGUCUCUAUGGCAACUUCUCGAGCAUCAUGUUUGACCACCAGCAUCCCGUCGCGAAGGUUCUCCGCGCAGGCUCUUCGACCGUCUACGACACCUCUGCGGCCAACGCGUGCCCCGACGGCGAGGGCAUCCGCUACUCCGUUUGGGGCCCUACCUGCGAUGGUAUUGACCGCAUCACCGAGACCAUCUCCUUCGAGCAGGAACUCGACGUUGGCGACUGGCUAUACUUUGAGGACAUGGGCGCCUACACCAAGUGCUCCGCGACCAAGUUCAAUGGCUUUUCCAAUGAGCAUGACGUCAUCUAUGUCUGCAGCGAGCCAGGCGCCAAGGCCCUGCUCAACAUCUAA